AUGGAGGCAGCGGCAGCAGCAGCGCCACGCCCGCGCGCCACUGGCUGCCUCACCGCCUCCACCGCAGGCCCGCAGCGCGCGAGCCGCUGGUGCCCUCGCCAACCGCGCGCCGCCUCUUCUUCCUCCUCCUCCUCCUCCUCCUCUUCAAGCGGCGGAAGCCCGGCGGAUCUAGGGUUGCUCCGCCCGCGCCUCCGCGUCUCGCCCUCCUCCGCGGGGAGGAUAGCAGGCGGGGCGCCGCCGGUCCGAGCCCGGGACUCCCGCGCCGAAUGCGCGGGCGGCCGGUCGAGCGCGGAGCACGUCGGGGUCAGCCUAGAAGGCGAGAACAGAGUUUUGGAGAUGUCGUCAACUGUGCCCAAGUCAUCAAAUAUCUUCUGGCAUGAUUGCCCAGUGGGCAAGACUGACCGGCAAAAUCUACUGAAGCAGAAAGGGUGUGUUGUUUGGAUUACAGGCCUUAGUGGUUCAGGUAAAAGUACCUUGGCAUGCACAUUAGGUCGAGAGCUCCAUACAAGAGGGAAGCUUGCGUAUGUUCUUGAUGGCGAUAACUUAAGACAUGGUCUUAACAAGGAUCUUGGCUUCGCAGCUGAAGAUCGUGCUGAAAAUAUACGCAGAGUUGGUGAGGUUGCAAAGCUAUUUGCAGAUGCAGGUCUAGUGUGCAUUGCUAGUUUUAUAUCUCCGUAUAGGAGAGACCGAGAGUCUUGUCGUGCACUGUUGUCAGACGGUAGUUUUAUUGAAGUUUUCUUGAACAUGUCCUUGGAAUUGUGUGAAGCAAGGGAUCCGAAGGGCCUUUAUAAGCUUGCUCGUGCAGGAAAAAUAAAGGGGUUUACUGGUAUUGAUGACCCAUAUGAAGCGCCAUUAAAUUGCGAGAUUGAGAUCAAGGAAGUGGAUGGCGUGUGCCCUUCACCAUCCGACAUGGCGGCACAAGUGAUUACUUAUCUCGAGGACAAAGGCUUUCUGCACGAGUAG